AAAGGGGCGGGGUUUUGUUGGAGGCAAAAACCCUGAGAGGGGCUUUCGUUGUGUGUGGUUACAACCAAAGACCGCAAUAUAAACGUGAUUGCAUUUAACUGUGAGCAGGACAGACAUACCGAGUGGAGCAAACAUGGAUGCAGGUGAAGACCAAAACACAGGCACUACUAAUGGAAAUCCUCAGGCAAGCGGGAACUCUCGUGCACCCCAGAUAGCCCACAUGUCUCUAUACGAGAGACAGGCUGUACAGGCUCUUCAAGCACUUCAAAGACAGCCAAAUGCAGCUCAGUACUUCCAACAACUCAUGCUGCAGCAACAGAUCAGUAGUGCCCAACUCCACAACUUGGCCGCUGUGCAACAGGCCACACUUGCAGCUAGUCGUCAGUCCAAUACCCCAAGUAACAGCAUGUCCCAGGUGCCGACCACAGUCAACUUAAGCACCACAUCUGGAGGAGGUACCAUGACCAACCCCCGUCCCCACGGCCCGGCCACUUCUGCAACGACAACAGCUCUCAACCAGUCAGUGUUGCUGGGUGGAAACUCUGCAGGACAGGGACAAAUGUAUCUUAGGGUCAACCGCUCUCUCAGGGCUCCCCUUGCCUCUCAGCUCAUCUUCAUGCCUGGUGGUACAGCAACAGCUACUGUAGCAACUGUUGCCCAGACACAGCCACAGCAGCAGCAGCAGCAGCAGCAGCAUGAAGUUGCUCCUACCACUGCUAGUGCCCAGUGUGACAAUGAUCAGGUGCAGAAUCUGGCCCUACACUGCGCUCCCAGAGCAGUGGCUGUCAAGUCUGAGCUCCCAGAGAGGAAAGAUAUUGCCAGCUUUCCUCUCGGUCAACAGCAGCAGCAGACAUUUGCCCAGACAGCUCAGCAGCAGCAAGUGCAACCACAACAGCAACAACAAAUGGCCAAACCCAACUUUGCUCAGCAGUCCACUGCUAACACUAUGACUGUAAAGACUGGAAACCAGGCUGCCAUGACUGUUACUCCUGCUGCUUCUGUAGCUCCUUCCUCCACCUCCUCUACAGCACUCCCUCUCUCCCAGCUUCUCCUGUCCUCCUCUGCUGCCCCUGUGAUCCUGGUGCCCACCUCAAAUGUUCCUACCACAACCCAGGGCUACCCCAUUGGCUCAGUGACUCCAAAAGCCAACGUUAACACUCAGACUCUGGUGGUGCAGCCCCUACAACAGGCCAGCACUACUGCAGACAAAGGUCCUGUGCCGAUCCAGCCCAAGACAGCUCAGGGACACCGCUUACCUAUGCAGCUACCCCCUAGACACCCACCUCCCAUUCUCCCAGCGCCACCUAGCAACAACCAGGCUACAACUGGGGGGUAUAACACUCCCCACAUCCCUGUGCAGCUUGUGGGAGCCAGGCAAGGCUUAGCAGGAAACGCACAGGCUGUGGCUCUGGCACAGGUACGGAGCAACACCACCCAGGAAAGUACAGCCAGUGGGAAUGUCAGUGCAGUUUCCAACAGUGCUAUGAUAAAGCCUGCCAUUGGUUCUCUGAAGAGAAAGUCUGACUGUGAUGCACCAAAUGAGAUGGUGACAGAAUCUUCAAACUCUGCACACAUGAAAGAUUCUGCUCCUCCCUUAUCCCCUGCCCCUGCAAAGGACUCAGCCCCCCUUGCAACUGCCUUCUCAUCUCCCCCCACCCUGUCCUUGCCUCUGCCCUUGUCAAGAGUUGGACUUGGGGACAAAGACAGAGCCCCAGUUCCCCAGGCAGUGGUCAAACCUCAAGUCCUCACCCACCUCAUUGAGGGCUUUGUGAUCCAGGAGGGAGCUGAGCCCUUCCCUGUUGCUGGACUCCUCAAAGACAGAGAUUUUGCCCUGGUUGGCCGCUCAGAGAACGGACCUCCAUUGUUAAAGUGUGAGUACUGUGGAAGCCUCGCCCCGGCCAGCCAGUUCAGAGGAUCAAAGAGGUUCUGUUCAAAUACUUGUGCUAAGAGGUAUAAUGUGAGCUGCAGCCAACACUUCAAGACAAGCAGAGGGAGAAGUGGCGCAGGCCUGGCACCGCCUCCAGCACCCAGUGAGAGCGCUGCCAGGAGAAGGGGCCCCUCUCGCAGGAGCAGUUCUAAUAACACCUGUAAUAAAAUAUCAAACAGACAUCUAGCUGUCAAGUGUCACUCUGAGUCCAGCCGCUCGGAGGACGUAUCCAGCGAUGGGGAAGGAGAGGAGGACGAUUCUCCCUCACUGUCCCCGAGCUCUUCACACUCCUGCUCCAGAGCUGGGCACAGCGCUCCUCCGUCAGACAGCUCAGCUCCUGGAAGCCUCCCACUAGAGGGGGCUAACUUUCUCUCUGCAACUCCUGCUCAGUGGAGCGUGGAAGAAGUCUGCAGGUUUAUCUCUUCACUUCAAGGCUGUGAGGAGUUGGCUGCCCAGUUCCUGUCACAGGAAAUAGACGGGCAGGCUCUGUUGCUUCUGCGAGAGGACCAUCUCAUCUCCACCAUGAACAUCAAGCUCGGCCCAGCUCUCAAGAUCUGUGCCUCUAUCAACACCCUGCGUGAGUGAUGCAGUCAGUGCUUCAGAGGGACAGCAGGAUCCUUUUCUAACUGAUGAUUUCUCACUGGAAUCAAUAUCUGGACUUGCUCCUCUUUAGAAAGAAGAAACUAAGAUCUAUGGCAAGGUGGGAAAAUAACUUUUUGAAAUGUGAACAUCUUCCAGCCACUGACAGAUAAAUGUUUAAAAUCACCAGCCACUCAAUAGUCAAUCAUUGUGAAAUCUCUACCAGCCACUUUCAUAUUUUACCAGCAUGUGGCUGGUGCUGAUUUCCCACUCUGGAGGGACAAUAGAUAGUUUUUACAAAACAGUGGUGCACCAUCAAUCAUAUGGAGACGGACAGUUUACUUUCUGGACAUUGAAUGUGCAAAAACAUGUAUGUAUACUGUUAUGUGUGAGUGGUGAGCAUGGACAGUAUCAUGGAGAAGUAUCCAUGUCAGUAGUGUUUGUCAGUUUUUUUUUUUUUCUGUCGCUGUGUAGAGGCCUUUUUGUAUGUAUUCUCUUGUGAAACUGUGCAAAUCUGCCAGUCUGCAGUAAUCGGUGCUAGGUCUUCUAGCUAGGACAGUUUACCUGUUGGGUAUAAAAAACAAAACAAAAAAAGAAACGUUGCCUUCUUGCUGUAUUUCAAAGGGUGCUUUAACUUUAGUGAUAUAUGAUUUGAAGUGAUGUCAAAAACAGUCCACUUCACUUUAAAGGAAACAGUUCAUCCCAAAAUCAAAAAUACACAUUUUUCUCUCUUACCUGCAAUAUCUUUUUCUAGAAAUCAGGACCCAGUUACUCAAGAUGAUGUACAGACCUUGUUGUGAGCAGUUUGUUUUGGCGCUUUGAGUUCCAUUAUAUUUGAAUGAAGGUAGAUAGAUAUCUGACUGAUAUCUCCAAAACUCAGCAACUCACACCAAAACAAUCUUGUUGGAUAAAUAGUACUACAGAUAAGAGGAAAAAUAUGUAUUUUCAAUUUUUCUGUGAACUGCCCCUUUAAAUAUUUCAGUCUUUUAGUAUUAGUUAUUUUAUCAUAGAUGUUCAAUCCAGGCUCCAAUCACAUCGAGCAAAGGACACUCAAAAAGCCUGGUUUAUUUUAAUUAGUUACUUUUACCAGUUAUUAAAAGUUUUAGUUUUGUAUCUUUUCCAUUUUGUACUACAAUCAAAAUUAUUUUUUCAUGAAUACGAUAUAGUUUUAGUAGCUUUAAUCAACUUAACUACCUGAAAAUAGGUAUUCCUCAUGGUUUGGUCUCUCAAGGGCUGAGUGGAAGUUUUCUGUGUACAUGUAUGCAGUACUACCAAUAAACAAUACCUGUUACUGGA